AUGCAGGCUGCAGCUCGUGACAGCGACUCCUCUAGGAGUCCAAGCGGCGAGCCUCGUGCCACCCCCGCGCCGGAUGCGAAGAAGAGGUCACAUGACAACUCCUCGAGCUCCUCCUCCUCUUCCAGCGAGUCCAAGAAGCGCAAGGAUAAGGUUCCACGUACGCUUUACUCUGAUUCGAAGCUCAAGAUCUGCUCCUUACGCAUGCCGAGACUGGCAGCUGUAGGAAGCUCCAACUUUCCUUUGCAGGCGAUGCGCUCCGGCGGCAUGGACUCAACGGCUCAGCCGCUCGCAUCACUGGAAAGAUGGAUCAGAUACACGCAGGUCGAGCUCAUCGCCGUUCGUUCCGACUUGAUGCAACAACGAGUCGAAGAAGCCUCUGGCCUUCGCGAGCAGCCUCCUCUCCCUACCGCUUUCCGGCGCAGCCGCCUCAACCCUGCAGGAAACGCCAAGGAGAGACCCCGGGGCGGUGCACCUGGACGAUUUCAUGUAGAUGCCCUGGCCUACAAUGUGGGUCUGAAAACCGUCCUCGAAACCGACGAUUGGGCACGGGUGCUCACCACCUUUGACCACAUGGUGGAGCGAGGUGCCACCCCGAUAGCCCUGGACUCGAGCUGUAGCACGGCCAUGGUUGCAGCGCAGAAAGGACUGGGCUGGACACAGGUCGUUGAAUUCUUUUCCGGCAUCCGCAGGGGUGCGAUCGAUCCCGGCACGGCUGGGUAUAACACGUUGAUCUCAGCAUGCGUUCGCGCUGGCGAGUGGGAGAAGGCAGUCAGCCUCUUCGGCGCCAUGGAGAGGCUUCGUGUGCAGCCCGACAUCUUCACCUUCAGUAGCCUCAUCACGGGCCUCAAGGCCGCGGCUCGUCCGGAGGAGGCGGCGCACCUUUUCGUUACUCUCAGAGGCCGGCGACUUCACGCGGAUUCGGUGCUCGUGAACACCGCCAUCUCUGCCGCAAGCACCGGGGAGGCUGCCGUCAAUCUGCUGCACGACAUGUUGGACCAGGAGAUGGAGCCUGACCUUUUCACAUACAGCAGUGUACUCGAUGCACUGGCGGCGGACGCGAGGUGGGCAGACGCAGUUGACGUGGUACAGGACCUUCAGAUCCGGGGCUUUUCUCCCAACAACGCAGUGGCCAGCACCUUGCUUCCAAUCGCGCCCUGGACUGCGGCCUUGCAGAUGUGGCUGGAGGCACAGCAUGGUAUGGAGCCAGACCAGGUGCUUUGCGGUGCCCACCUUGCCUCCAUGGAGCAGGGCUACUACUGGCAGCAGGCGCAGCUUCAGGAGCCUUUGCAGCCAGGUGCAGGGCGCUGGGGGCUUUCCGUCACUCCCGUGAUCUAUUGGGCAGUACCAAAACUGCGGCAUCGGUGUGGGUUGUGCCGACAAGCAUCCAAAAGACAUGCCGAGCUUCUGGUAGAUGCAGAUCAGUGUGGUCUACAUCCGACCAAGGAGGCUAUCGCACAGUUGAGGAAGGAAGGCUUCAAUGUUCGUACGACUGUUUACGCUGCGCCAGGCAGAAGGAACAGCAAGCAGUGGCGCAAGCUUUUCCAACACAAAGGGAUUUCCUUGAGCCCUAUUCCUCGAAGCGAAGAUGGGGAGGCAAACGACACGGCCAUUGAAACAAAGUUACUGCAGCUGGCUCAGUCGAAAGGUUACAUAUGCAUUGCCCUGUUGACUUCCGACAACGAUUAUGUCGAGCAGGUUCGGGAGAUCGCAUCUUUGCCCAAGAAGGACAUGUGGGUCUUCGUCCCUGUAGGUGGUGCAGCCUCUCUCGCCACUGUCCUUGGGAACUACAAUGAAACUAACGCACAUGUUGUGCCUGUGGCCACCUCUGCCAUACAGGCUGAACAGCAACGGCUUGGUCAUGGCACGAAGGUUAGAGCCAUUUUGGAAGCGGACGGACAUGGAAGUGUGAAGAUGGCGGAGCACGGGUUAUCCCCUCCGCCUGAACACGAAGGAUUGAAUCAACUUCGGGAAUUUCUGCAGAAUCUUGACUAUCGUGAUGAGAGACGUGAGAGAGAACACCUUCUGCAGUCUGUGGCAAAGUUUUGGUUCAUUAACCGCCUGGGACCACUGGCAGUGUAUCCAACGCACGCUGCAUUUGUGGCAGCAUGCGAGGUUCUCCGAGCUUCAAGCGGCAAAACUUCUUGGACUCGUUACCACAAUGACCAUGCGUUUUUCCUCCCCAUAACGAACAAUGUUUCUAGGACUGACAAAACGCUCAGAGAUUAUGGUGGCAGGAAACCAAAAAGAGUUUUCAAAGGUGGAGGCCCUUUCAUGAUGAAGGAUUCUCCAGGCAUGGUAGCACAAGUUCUGCGAACCAUGGGAUAUUUGGAUGAAGCUUUCAACAGUGACUUGCCCGAGGCUUUGCUUUUGUUCGUGAACAGGUCGGAACACAAAAGCACUCUCCGCAAAAUAUUGGACCUACUACCCGUCUCCAGCGACACCGCCAUCGACGUGGAGUACAAGCUACGGCAUGCGUUUCUGUCAAACCUUACCUCCGGCAAGUGGGUUGUUGCUCAAAGAGACACUCAUGUACGGAAGACUCUCCGCAGGCACGGUUUCUUGCAGACAAUCCAAGCGCCGCAGACAGACGUAAUGGAAGCAAUGAAGCGAUUUGUACGCAGUCGCGGCUUGCGAGAGAUGCGCAGCUACAAUGGGUACGUUUCGAGCAUCCAGCAGCACAUGUAUCACAAGGACCCUGACAGAGUUGGAAACAUCGAGUUUCAAAUCUGA